CUAAACAUGCAUUGUGGACAACUAUUCCUGACACUUUUGGUACUUAUGUUUACAAGCACCUUGGAAACCUGUACUCUACGUCCUCAUAUUACUGCUGUUGAAGGGGAACCUUUCUAUUUGAAAUAUUGCUUAUCUUCACCUGAGCAUGAGAAUGAACCAACCACCAUGAAAUGGUACAAAAGCAAUGAAUCACAUGGACGUGUUGAGCUAAGCUCAAGCAGUUCACCCAGAAUUACUUUGCAUGAUUAUGUUUUGGAGUUUUGGCCAGUUGAGUUGGAUGACAGUGGAUCUUACCUUUUCCAAAUGGGAAAUGAUACUCAUGAAUGGAGAUUAAAUGUCAUCAGAAGAAGUAAACACAGAUGUUUUGCUGAAAAACAAGUAAUUAGUAUAACUGUGGAAGUUAAAAAAGCUUUGCAAAUACCCUGUGAUGAACGUAGUUACUAUAAAAAGCUAGUUAACAGAACGUCAUUAUAUAAGAACUGUGAAAAGAUAGAGAAGAAUAAAAACCCAUCUUUUCGGAAGAAUGCAGAGCUCAAUGAUCAAGGAUAUUACACCUGCAUGUUUUUCCUUUAUCAUAAUGGAAAAUUAUUUAAUGUCACCAGCACCUUCAAUAUAACAAUAGUUGGAGAUCAUAGUAAUAUAAUUCCAGUUCUUCUUGGACCAAAGCUUAAUCAUGUUGAAGUGGAAUUAGGAAAAGAUGUACAGCUCAACUGCUCUGCUUUGCUGAAUGAAAAGGAUCUGAUUUAUUGGACCUUCCAGAAAGAAAAUGGAGAGAACUCUAAUGCACAUGAAGAGAAAGAAAUAAGAAUUAAGACUUCAGAGGGCAAAUGGCACACUUCAAAAAUAUUGAGAAUUGAAAAUAUUAAUGAAAUAAAUCUAAAUUUUUUAUAUAAUUGCACUGUGGCCAGUGAGGGGGACAUAGACACCAAAAGCUUCAUCUUGAUGAAAAAAGCAGAUCUGGUUGAUAUCCCAGGCCAUGUCUUCAUUAGAGGAAUAAUCGUAACUAUUUUGAUCUCGGGGGUAGUCGUGUGCCUAGUGAUUGUGGUUGUCAUUUAUAGAGUUGACUUGGCUCUAUUUUACAGACAUUUCAUGGGAAGAGAUGAAACAUUAACAGAUGGAAAGACAUAUGAUGCUUUUGUGUCUUACCUAAAAGAAUGUCGACCUGAGGAUGGAGAGGAACACUACUUCGCUGUGGAGAUUUUGCCCAGAGUGUUGGAGAAACAUUUUGGGUAUAAGUUAUGCAUAUUUGAAAGGGAUGUGGUGCCUGGAAGAGGUAAGAAAGCUGUUGUUGAUGAAAUCCAUUCCUUAAUAGGGCAAAGCCGAAGACUAAUCAUCGUCCUCAGUAAAAGUUACAUGUCUAAUGAAGUCAGAUAUGAACUUGAAAGUGGACUUCAUGAAGCACUGGUGGAAAGGAAAAUUAAAAUAAUCUUAAUUGAAUUUACACCCAUCAGUGACUUCACAUUCUUGCCCCAAUCACUAAAACUUUUGAAAUCUCAUAGAGUUCUGAAGUGGAAAGCUGAUAAAUCUCUGUCUUAUAACUCAAGGUUCUGGAAAAAUCUUCUUUAUCUGAUGCCUGCAAAAACAGUCAAGCCAUAUAGAGAUGAAUCAGAAGUCUUGCCUGUGCUUUCAUAG